CGGCAGAGUGAAAAUGGGCGGGGCGGAGUGAAGCCUUUAUGGCGCACUAACGCCGCUCGUUUAUUUCCAAAGCCCGUCUUUCUUUAAUGUGAGGGGCUCUUGGCAGAGCGGGUGCUCAGACCAGGCGCCGGGCCGCGUUUCUGUCCGGUUUUAAACGUUAAAGCGUGCCACGCCAGACAGAAGGAACAAUGACCUCGGCAUCAACAAAGGUUGGUGAGAUCUUCUCCGCAGCAGGAGCUGCUUUUACUAAACUAGGGGAGCUCACCAUGCAGCUGCAUCCAGUGGCUGACUCUAGUCCAGCAGGAGCUAAAUGGACGGACACUGAGAUUGAGAUGCUCCGGUUGGCUGUUAGGCGCUUUGGUGACGACUUGAAUGCACUCAGCUUGGUCAUCAAGAAGCGCACAGUGGCACAGAUCAAGACCACAGUCAAGAGGAAGCUUUAUGAAGACAGUGGGGUUCCCUUGUCUUCUGAUUCACCAAAGAAAAGCACCAAAAAGAUACAAGUUGCUGUUGCUCCCCAUCCACCACCUACAGUCAUAGCUGUGCCUACUUCACAGGUUGUAGUAACGACAAGCUUACAGGGAGCAUCCUCAGGCCCAGCCAGCAUUAAGAAGCCAAAAACAGCAGAGGUUACGCUCAGUGCUUUGAACGACUCGGAUGUGAAUAGCGACCUGGUAGACAUAGAGGGACUUGGUGACAGCUCUGCAGCGAAAAAACUCAAUUUUGAUCAAGAAAGCCUAAAUCUUGACUCGAGUCUCAUCAUGAACUCCAGUGAUCUGCCUCUCCUGUCCCGCUGAACUUCGCUCACCUUUAACGAACAUCAGCUAGAACAAAAGUUCACUUGCAUCACUUCAGAAUGGACUUUAUCUACAGAAAGUACUUUGUAGCCCAAGGAACCGUCUCUUGGGCUUUCCACCUUUUUAUAGACAGAGCCUGAAUUCUAAUUCUAGUUUGGAUGCAAGGUCUAAUAGGUUAGAGGGAGAGCUCAAAUACAUACACAACAAGGGCAUUAAAAUGUCUAUGUACAGUUUUAUUAAUAAAUAAUGUGGCCAGAAGUGCUUCAGGAACCUCUCCUAUGCCAGUAUAUUUCAUUUGUGUAUUAUACAUUCAUAUGAAAGGUUUUUUCAUCAUUAAUGCACUUUUUAUUGUAACAUUUGUUUCCAUCAGAACACUCUGUCCAUGAAAAUCGAUAUUUUGUAUUUUCUUCGUGUUAAGUGGGGCUUACAUAAGCUUAUUUAACGCAAAUUUGUAAUCUUUUUCAUUUGUAGGCAGAACGCACAUUUGUUCCUUAAGAUGACUGAGUAUGCUGUAACGCUUUUGUUUUUAAAAAUUUGUAGUUUUAUAAAAGGUGCUCAUUUUACAGGUUGUCAUCGAUGCAUGUUUGUGAGGACGCUUUUGUGAGCUGCAAUAAGUUUUUGUGGCAAAAUAUGCCAAGUUUCCAAACAUUUAAUUUGUUGGUAUGAGCUAAUCCUGUAUUUCCCAACUCCAGUUUUGGAGGCCUACCUGCAUUGCUGGGAUGUCAGAGUCCAGUGCUGAAGGACCAGGGCAGUGCAGAGUUUAGCAUUCUACCUCAUUCAACUCACUGACUAAUUAGCAAGGCCUUGUUGACUUGAAUUCUGUGUGUUAAAAGAGGGAAACACUGAUCUCUGCAGAGCUGUGGCUCUCAAGGCCUUGAGUACAACACCCCUGUUAUAAUGCAAUUUCAUGCUUUCCAAACAGCAACAGUCAUUUUUUGCUGUCAGUAUUUUAAUUUGUACUUCUUGAGCCGAAUCAGGCAUGCACUGCAGGUGCCUCUAGGACUAGGGUUUGGAAAUCUAAGCUCAGUCUGGGUCAAUCAAGAACUUUUUGUUCAGAAUUAAAUUAUACAACUUAGACACAAAUGUACAUAGACAUUUAAUAAAAACUUAAUUGAAUGAA